CGACCGCUAUCCGCGUGAAUUGACAAGUUACCUUACAACAGGCCUGUUGAGAACUUGAAAACCAAGCCAAAAUCAUCGUGUUGAAUGCGUCAUUCUCAGCGCUCCUCUCAUGUAACCUCGAACAUAAAUUCUUGGUACAUGAAAAUGUUGCACCCAGUGCUCCCCUAGAACCCUCCUAUACUUCUCGAUCUUUUACGGUCCCUUCGACAUCAAAUGAAAACGAUUGCAGGUAUUCCAAUGUUAUCAUUGUUUAGACGGUUUGGACAAGUCAAAUCCCAGCGUCGAUAUAAGGCUGGAUACUCCCCGGUCUUCUUUCUGACUCUAUUGUUUUUGUCUACCUUAUAUAAGCCAACAUUUUAUACGCUUGCUAUUUAUAUGUCCAUGUGUGGUAUGCAGAACAGUUUCUAUACAAGUAUGCCUUAUUUUCAAGUGUUGCACUUCUGUUCUUGUUCCAGAACUCGUUACAAACCCGGACUUACACUAUCCCUUGCUGUAAAUAUAUACACCGCUUCUCCCAGGAAGUAUCUCGUUCUUUCAGAUUCAAACCAUCGCAGCUGGUUCGAGUACUUAAAAUAACAGUUCUUGCUGUUCAGAGUAUCCCGUCCCAAUUAUCAGUCUAUUCCUUUCUUUCCCAAAUCUUUCUUACAGCGUCGCUCACCGAAAACCCUCCAAAUAACCAUUCAUCCGAGUGUC